CGUAAUAUUGAGGUCUGAGAGGAGAGUAUGCAACUCGAUCGGGUCCCGCAGACAUGAAGUCUGCCGAGGUUGAAAACAUUGAGGAAUUAAACAACUUGCCUGUUGAUUCCAGUCGGAUUGAACCUUAUUUGUCAAAGCUGAAACAAAAAGCAGAAACAGAAGUACGCAUUCGACACUUGGAUUUGACGACCACUUUCUUGAUACGGUUUUUAAAGGCGCGAGACUUUAAUGUUGAACUGGCGUUCCAGUUGCUGAUUAACUAUCACAAAUGGAGACAAGAAUGUCCUGAAAUUACUGCUGAUCUGCGCCCUUCAUCUGUCAUAGGACUACUACAAAACAAUUACCACGGAGUUCUUAAAUCACGAGAUGAUGCCGGAAGUCGAGUUUUAAUCUAUCGGAUUGGUCGGUGGAACCCCAAAGAAUUCACAGCUUAUGAGGUUUUUCGUGUGAGCCUCAUUACAUCAGAGCUGAUUGUUCAAGAAUGUGAGACCCAGAAAAAUGGACUUAAAACUAUUUUUGAUCUCCAAGACUGGUGCUUUGCUCAUGCUCUGCAGAUCAAUCCUUCUUUGGCAAAAAAGAUCUCAUCUGUACUUACAGACGCUUUUCCUUUGAAAGUCCGUGGCAUCCAUUUGAUAAACGAGCCCAUUUUUUUCCGGCCCGUCUUUGCCAUGAUUCGUCCAUUCCUUCAAGAUAAAAUCAAACAACGGAUUCACAUGCAUGGUAGUUCAUACGUGCAAAGUCUCUGUGAUUACUUUCCGAAAGCUAUCCUCCCUCCUGAGUAUGGAGGUACAGGACCCAGCAUAGACGAAGUGUGCCAAGAAUGGACCGAGUACAUCAUGCAGUCUGAAGACUAUCUUCACAAGCUCUCUAUAGACUUAGGUGAAGGCCAUGCUUCACAGGCCUAUGUUUAUUAAUGAUUACAGUGAAGGUGCUUCUUACGUUGUGCUUUUUGAUUUUGUAAAGCAUUACUCAGUAUUGGUGAAUAUUUUUUCCUAUUUUAUAUUGCAUAGGACUGAAUUGCGCAGCUUUUAAAAUGUUUCAUUCCAGACUGGAAAGGCAGCUUUCACAGUGAAAUGUUACAUUUCCAUAAUUACAUGUUUUGACUUAAUCAUGCUUUUGGAUAAUUUUAUUUAAUUCUAUAUAUUGUUCUAUAAUUUGUUUAGCAAGUAGUCUAUUUAAUAACUAUCUUAAGAUACAAAACAUGAGAGGUCUAUUUGCACAAACAUUUCUUUUAAUCUGAAGAUAAAUGAUUCUGACAACCUACUAUCUAUAAGGCUGUCUGAAAUAUGAAUGUGCCUUUGUUAUCUUUAAUUCAGUAUUACCUAUGUAGAUUUACAUAACAAUGGACAUAACUCAG